AAGAACAAGCACACACACACACACACACUGCCAAGCGGACUUUGGCCUCGGCGGCGACCCGGCCGAGAUGGACGAGCUGAGCCCGAGGGAACGAGAACUUCUGAAGAUCCGGCGGGACAGCGACAGCAAGGCGGCGCAACUGCUCAAGAUGGAGAAACUUAUGCAGCAGACCAAAGACCUGUUGGACAAGCGUAGCGAGCCUGACAAGGUCCAAGAAAACAUGGUGGAGGACCUGGAGGAGAAGGUGCGCUCCAGUCGGCGUCACCGGCGGAAUUCUCUCCACCACACGCAGAUGCUGGAGAGUCAAAUGAAGACGGUGAAGGGCGAGCUGGAGGGAACGCUGGACCACCUCCAAGAACUGCGCAACGUCCUGCGCCGCUCGCAGCAGAAAGCCGAGGAGCGCAAGGCCGCUAUGGAGAAGCUGGCCGCCGGACUAAUGUGAACGCCCGCGCCCGAGAGCCAGACCCAGACCUAGACCCGAACCAACAUCAAGAUCGAGUCUUCUUCUUCUUCUUAAUGCAAAACAAUACAAUGGAUUUAACUCAAUGAAACUACUCCAGACUAGAUGACAUUAUACUAGAAUUGACUAGAUUGUACCAGACGAGAUUAGUGUGUUAGAGGAGGCUCAUCUAGAAUAGACUAGAUUAGACUUCACUAGACUAGCCAAGACUAGACAACAAUAGACUAGACAAGAUUUGACUAGACUAGUCUUGACAUUAUACUCGAAUAGAACAGACUGUACUAGACCAAUACAGUGUGGUUAGGCUAGUCUUAAAUAGAUUACCCGAGAGUAGACUACACUAGACUAGAUUAACCUGGUCUUGACUGAACUAUAUUGUACUAGAAUAGAAUCGACUGUCCUGGAUUGGAUUAGUGUGGUUAGACUAGGCUCGACUGAAAUAGACUAGGUUAGACUGAAGUAGUUUGACUAAAUUACAUCAUACUAGAAUCGAAUAGAGCGGCACGGUGGGCACCUGGUUAGCACAUCUGCCUCACAGUUGUGAGCUUGCAGGUUCAAAUCCGGCCCCGCCUGUGUGGCGUUUGCAUGUUCUCCCCGUGCCUGCGCCUGCACGGCUUUUCUCCGGGUACUCGGCUUUCCUCCCACAUCCCAAAAACAUGCGUGCGCGGUUCAUUGACGACUCUGCAAUGCCCGUUAGUGUGAACAUGAGUGCGAAUGGUUGUUUGUUUCUAUGUACCCAGCGAUUGGCUGGCGACCAGUUCGGGGUUCACCCCGCCUCUUGCCCGCAGUUAUCUGGGAUAGGCGCCAGCACGCCCACCACCCGCGAGAGGAGAAGCGGUACGGAAGAUGGAUGGAUGCAUACACUGUUCUAGACUAGAUUAGUGUUGUUAGACUAGGUUUGAGUAGACUAGAUUAGAUUAUUCUAGGAUGGACUCAAUUAGACUCGAUUAAACUGGUUUAACAUUAUACUAGAAUAGAGUCUACUAGACCAGACUAGUGUGGUUAAACUGGGCUCGACUGGACUAGAUUACACUUCACAAAACUCGACAAGAUGAGAAUCGACCGCACUAGAAAAACCAGACUAGACUAUCCAUCCAUCCAUCCAUCCAUUUUCCGAGCCGCUUCUCCUCACGCGGGUCGCAGGCGUGCUGGAGCCUAUCCCAGCUGUCAUCGGGCAGGAGGCGGGGUACACCCUGAACUGGUUGCCAGCCAAUCGCAGGGCACAGACUAGACUAGAUGAAAGUAGUCUAGACGACAUUAUACUACAAUAGAAUAGUACUAUACUAGAUCAGUGUGGUUAGACUAGGCUAGAUGAGACUCCCCUUGACCAGAUUAAACUAGACUAGACUAAAAUUAUGCAAAACGACACUUUACUAGAUUACUUCUCUUUUUAUUUCAACACAAUUUUAUUGAAAUAAAUACAAAGGAAAAACA